AUGGCCAUUAGCGGCCACGCCUCACCAUCCGCCACUUUGGCAGUCAUCUUCACAUCAAGCGCUCUGGCUAUCUUUGCCGUGGUGUUGCGACUAUGGACGCGGCUCUUGAUCGUGCGUCAGCCUGGGUGUGAUGAUCUCUUGGUUACGCUUUCGCUCUUUUUCACAUUGAUCUUCGCGGUUUGCGUGUCUUUUGAGGUUUACUAUGGUCUCGGGCGACACAUCGAAACCCUCACCAAGCAUGACCUGACACAGCUGUGUCUGUGGCUUUGGAUAUCGGUUUGGAACUAUUACAUCGGGCUCGGUCUCGCCAAACUAUCUAUUGUCGUCCAAUGCAUGAGGAUCUUUGGCCAUAUCAAAGGCUUCCGCAUUGCCUCUUACGUACUAUCAGCCAUCAUCGUUGCGUUCACCAUUUUCAGCACGUUCAUAUCGAUCUUUCUUUGUCAGCCGGUCUCCCGCUUCUGGAACCUGGAGGGGCCUGGGAAGUGCAUUGAUAGACUGCCAUUAUGGCUGUUCAACUCCGCCUUCACGAUGCUCGCCGACAUCGCCGUGACGGUACUUCCCCUCCCGGUCCUGAAAUCACUCCAACUCCCCGCCCGCCAACGUUACAUUCUCAUGGGAGUCUUCGGGCUUGGUGGGGUCAUCUGCAUCGUCUCGAUUGUCAGACUCUCAGGCAUAUACGCUACAUCUGUCGCGAAGGACGUCAGCUGGGAGAACUCCCAAGCCGCACUGUACUCGAACUUGGAAGCGGCAGUGGGCAUCAUUGCGAGCUGUGUGCCGACUCUGAGGGCUUUCGUGAAGACAUAUUUCCCAAGGCUGUUUACGUCAGGUUCGGCGGGAAGCGAUGGGACGGAAUUGAGUGAUUUCUCUGGUGGUUACGAUAGGAUGAAGGUGGGAGCCGUUCGAGUGACGGCCGGAGAGCUGGACACUGGGUCAGGCGGAGAUGGGACUAAGAGCAAGGCAAUGAUGGAACACAGGGAGCGUGUCCCUACUCCACGGCCGUAUGGGAGUACGGAGGAAUUGGUUCCUGCUGUUACCCGUGAGGUGUCUUAG